AAACCCUCUGAAAGUCCAUCGGAAUCAGCAAGAUCAAAGAAGGUCAGACAAAUCGAUGUUGUUGUGGACGACAUCUUUAAUUCUCCUGGUUCGAAUGAAAAGCUUCCUGGAAAGCGAUUAACCAGAGGAUCUACCGCACGAAUUGAGGAGGUAAGAUGUCUUAACUUAAUUUUGAUUUAUCUUUAGGUAAUAUUUUCCUCUGUUGAUGUGUUUAACUGUUUUUCUGCGAAUUCGCUACCCUUUAGAAGCUGAUCCUUGAAUUCUUCGAUUACAUAAUCUUCGAUCUGAUAGCUGGGGUUAACGUGUUUAUUAAGCAGUUGUUGCAAAAUAACAAAUGCUGAAAAUGAAAUAAACAAUAUAUAAAGUAAUAGAAAUUUAAGCUUAGAGACUGAAGUUAAAGAAGGAGUACCAGCUUUUUUGCCGGGGCAAAAGAUGGAGUGUUGUCUUCCAUGCUUAUCGAAUGCUUAUCUCGACUGGUUUAAACCUGUAGGAGUUUUCUGUUGAAAAAAUGUGAUCACCAGGGCUUUUACUUUAUAGAACUUUCAACAGCCAAAGUUUCCUUCUGAGUCAUGAAUGGAGAUAACGUCUGGCAAGGUUGUUAGGUUGUCUUUUAUUAAUAGGAGUACGUUGUUUUUACACCAUUGUUUCUGUAGGCUGCUGGGUUUACUGCUCUUUUCACAAACAUGCAAGCUCUAAAGUUCAAAAGGCGCCUUCAAAGUUGCGUUUUUUGCUGCCGUCAAUCAUAAUUACGAUCAUAAGCAACGAACCUUGAAACACAGAAACACACAAAACGGAUUGAAAUCCACCAAUUACAAAUCACAAACCUUGACCUUUUGAACCCGUUAAAGUAAAGUUUUGUUUCCUAAGAGGUCCGCUAAGAUGAUUAACGGCAGCGAAAAAUGCAAUCGUCAGUUGGCUUUUGAACUUCAGAAUUCUCAUGUUUGUGAAAAGCACAGUAAAGGCCCAGCUUAGUGCUGAGUUGUUUCCUAGCUAUGUAGACUGCAACCAUUUUUAGUGUCUCAUAUUGACAGGUUGGGGGAAGACAGGGAAUGGAAUCCUGGGAGAAAUAGGGGUCAGGGGGGUAUGGGAGAUGGGAGAGGAAAGAGCCAGAGGUGGGAGUACUAAAAGGAUCAGAAGUGGGAGAAUUUUGCAACAAUGCCUAAUUUUUUGCAAUGAAAACAAGGAGCAGGGAGGAAGCCAAAAACAAAAUAAAAAAUGAGCAGGAACUGGGGAUGCAAGGCAUAGGAGGUAGGGAGGUUUGGACCCCCUGUUACCCACCCACCUUUCCCACACUAACUGACCAGCCCUUAACUGCAUAACAUAAUAAUAGUUAUAGUUCUCUUCAAGAGUAUUCAACCAGUCAAUACUGGCCUUAUUGGCAUGGUACCAGAAAGUAACUUAAAGUGAUAUGUAAGGCUGAUCAGCGAGCUAAAAGCAAGGAAUUUAAAUCAUGAUGUACAUGAAGAUCAGAUUUGCUUCUUUUUGUCUAAGUGGUCCUCCCAUGGUUUAAGCAGUUCCCAAGAUCAAUAGGUACUUGUAGCAUAAUCCAUCCACAACCUCAUUUGUAUUAAUGGCAGCUAAUAAUACUAGUCCUCUUUGAUGAAGGUUAUAAAAGAGCCCAGGGACAUAUAGUAUACAAACAUGAACCUAUGGUGAAUUUGUUUCUCUGUCUCUCUUAUUCAACUCCAUUAAGGAUCAGUUCAUAACUUCUUUAAUGAUAGCGUUAUCAAAUAUUGGAACCAGCUGCCACUACGCAUGCGAAAUUAAACAAGUAUCAAUGCCUUUAAGGCUGGUCUUGACCUCGUUAAGUUAUCUAAACCUGAUUUGCCUAAUGGAUUCUGGAAAUUAUCGUAAGAAAUCUUUAAUAGAAUAAGAGUUAAAAGUGAACAUGCCAAUUAUUUACUAGCCAAUUGGGAUGUUGCCAUGCAGCAAAAUAUCUUGUUAUAAUAUUUAAUUUUGUCUUCCUCUGUUUUUAGUAUUUUUGUGACUUUUGUAUUCUUAUAAUGAUACAUUUUAGAUUUUUAUCACAUGUUGAUAAUAAUUUUGUAAAUAGAUUUUUGUAAAUAGAGAUAUCCUGAAGUGACAAAAUAAAGUUAUCUUAUCUUACCUUAUCUACUCCUUGAUCACAUUUGUUGAUAUACCUGGACCCAGUUGUUCAAAGGCCGAUUAAGUUUUAUUUAGUACAUUAUUUUUCAAUCUCGAAUAAACAAACUAUUAUAAUAUAACACCCCCUUGAAUGUUAAGUUCUUCUUAAAAGUUUCUUUGUAAAGCAGAAGGCCUGUUGUAGCUCAUCCCGAAGGGUUAAAUUUUAGUCUGGGCUUCUUUAUCCUUUUUUCAAAAGGAUUUUCUCAGAUAUUUUUCUCUAUUCUUUUUAGUUCAUCCAAUUACCAAACUGUGUACAAAAAGAAUUAAACUGAAUUCUCUUUUAAGGUUUCUUAUCUGAAUUCAAAUUUCACACUAACCCUGGGUUACCAUAACCUAGCUUUGAACAACCCGGCCUUGUAGUCUACUGGUUCGCCUCAUGCCAGUUGGAAUUCUAAACCUAAUGUUAUGUUUAUUUGAUAUUUUUGUUUCAAUUGUUUACGUUACUUUCUUCCACUAGCCUUCAUAAUGUAAAUAUACUGCCAAGAGUAUAAAUAAAGAUUGUUUAUUGUUUUAUUUAGUACAUUAUUUUUCAAUCUCGAAUAAACCAACCUAUUAUAAUAUAACACCCCCUUGAAUGUUAAGUUCUUCUUAAAAGUUUCUUUGUAAAGCAGAAGGCCUGUUGUAGCUCAUCCCAAAGGGUGAGUAAUACAGUGUAGUCACCUGUAUUAAUUUGAUGUUUUGAUGGUUUCUAAUAGGAGUCGUUAAUUGAGAACAGAAAUCCCAGGAAACUGGAUGAAUCUGCAGUCAAUGAGGUAAUGAAAUAGCCAGUAUCAUAGAGAAUAAAAAAAAUUGACCAACAGGAUGAAUUUACAAAUCUUAUGAUUUCCAUGCAAUCUUUUAUUAUAAAAUGGUUAGGUGUCACUUCAUCAAUUUAUAAUUGUUUAUUUUUUUAAUAAACAAUUAUAGAUUUCUAAUAAAUAAAAUCACCGUUUAAACUAUUUUCUCAAUUUACAUGUAGUUCCUGUAGAUUGCAAUACUGUUAUUUCAUACACAUGUAGCUCAAGGUCAUCAUGAUCCUUAAAACUGGAAAAGAUAUUUUUCAAUAUUAUUUUUAUAGUUAGUAUAUACCAUCCAAGAGAAGGUGUCAUUUUAUCAAACUCUUGCAAACAGGUUCAAACUCACAUCAACCAGCAGUGGAUGUGAGGUAAUAAACAAAAGGCAAGAAUUGGACACUAAAAUGAAAAACAAAAAUAGCAUUUCAGGGUAGGCUCAAUUACCAGCCGCUGCUCGGGAAAUGAGCCUUAAAUCCUCCCCCGAACAGACGGUGGAUCAUGGGCUUGCUAUUGUCAAUUACCACCAGAUCGUUGCCUGGUCAUAAAAAUAAAUGAAACAAGUGUAAUAACUCCAAAGAAAAUGUUCUUAUGGGAGCCCAAGAAACAAACUUAAAAGCUUGAAUUUUUCCCAAUGAAAUCUUACACAUGACCAUUUUACUUGUGUUUUCUCAAUUUUGAGAUAAAUAUUAGCGAUAAAAAUCACGACGUUUCGACCUCUCCGAGGUCAUUUUCAAGUGUAGCACUUUUUAGCACUUUUUACAUUUUUACAUAUUUUAUCACAUUUUAGCAUUCACCACAUUUUUAUCUAUUAUAACUUGUUUUUAACUUAUUUAUGCUAAUUUAGAGAACUUUUAUACACUUGAAAAUUACCUCGGAGAGGUCGAAACGUCGUGAUUUUUUAUCGCUAAUAUUUAUCUCAAAAUCGAUUUCUAAGAAACUACUUAUUAAGGUUUUCUCAAUUCCUGUGAAAUUUGAUAUUUAUUUUCUUGGGUUCCCAUAAGAAAUUGUCUUUGGUGUUAUUACAGAUAACUGAUUACAUGUAUAGCCCUUGAAAAGUGUAAAAAAGUAUGCAAUAUGGCUUAAAAUAUUCUGAUACAAGGUUUUUGUCAACUGAGAAUUAAAAUUACUCAAUUUCCUGAUGGAUUCCAUCUACAACUUUUUAAAGAAAACAAAUGUUCUGACACUUGAUUCUUACAUGUAUUAAGGAAGGUGAUGAUGAUGGCUUGUCAGAUUAUGAAAAAAUGCGGCUGGAGAAUAUCAGAAGAAAUCAAGCUUUCUUUGAGGGACUAAACUUAACUCAGGUACAAACAAAUACUUUAAAUACCAGUUAAAAUAAGACUUGGUAAACUUNUAGAUUGCAAUACUGUUAUUUCAUACACAUGUAGCUCAAGGUCAUCAUGAUCCUUAAAACUGGAAAAGAUAAUUUUCAAUAUUAUUUUUAUAGUUAGUAUUUACCAUCCAAGAGAAGGUGUCAUUUUAUCAAACUCUUGCAAACAGGUUCAAACUCACAUCAACCAGCAGUGGAUGUGAGGUAAUAAACAAAAGGCAAGAAUUGGACACUAAAAUGAAAAACAAAAAUUGCAUUUCAGGAUAGGCUCAAUAACCAGCCGCUGCUCGGGAAAUGAGCCUUAAAUCCUCCCCCGAACAGACGGUGGAUCAUGGGCUUGCUAUUGUCAAUUACCACCAGAUCGUUGCCUGGUCAUAAAAAUAAAUGAAACAAGUGUAAUAACUCCAAAGAAAAUGUUCUUAUGGGAGCCCAAGAAACAAACUUAAAAGCUUGAAUUUUUCCCAAUGAAAUCGUAAACAUGACCAUUUUACUUGUGUUUUCUCAAUUCCUGUGAAAUUUGAUAUUUAUUUUCUUGGGUUCCCAUAAGAAAUUGUCUGUGGUGUUAUUACAGAUAACUGAUUACAUGUAUAGCCCUUGAAAAGUGUAAAAAAGUAUGCAAUAUGGCUUAAAAUAUUCUGAUACAAGGUUUUUGUCAACUGAGAAUUAAAAUUACUCAAUUUCCUGAUGGAUUCCAUCUACAACUUUUUAAAGAAAACAAAUGUUCUGACACUUGAUUCUUACAUGUAUUAAGGAAGGUGAUGAUGAUGGCUUGUCAGAUUAUGAAAAAAUGCGGCUGGAGAAUAUCAGAAGAAAUCAAGCUUUCUUUGAGGGACUAAACUUAACUCAGGUACAAACAAAUACUUUAAAUACCAGUUAAAAUAAGACUUGGUAAACUUGCUGGAAAGGUUUUUGAUUCCAGGGAAUUGACAGUUAACUGAGCAGUAGAGGUUCUUUCUGUGCGAGAGCUAUGCUGCACAUUUGUGCUUAAUUGUGUGUUUUCAGAAUACAAUGUAGGCUCUCAUCUUUAUUUUGUUGCAUUUUUUGCAUUUUCUAACCCAACCUUAUUUACUGUCAUUUGAGGUGAACUUUCAUUUUUACAUACAUGUGGGCCCUCUUAGUGAGUUUCGUUGCUUUUAGGGCAAUUUUUGUCAAUGAGAACAAUAUUUGAUAUUUGUAAGUCAGUGAGUGACAGAGACAGUUGGGUGCAUGGCACAACCAAGACCUUGCCAUGCACCCAACAAUGUUUGAAUGAUAAAAAAAGACCAAAGAGUCAGGAAACACUGGCUACUCUUUCUUGUGCUUUUUUGUCCUUGUUAGCCUGUUUCCUAACAUUCUGUUUUAUUAAGUAUGUAUACAUACUCAUGACUUAUGGUAAUUUCAUCAUUUAUAUGGCUUUUCUUUGCAGGCAAAGUUUGAUUUUAAUACUUCCAUGACUCCACAGUCCACUUCAAAGGUCAAGCAAAGAGGACUUGCUAGGUGACUCUGUUCAAAAUUUUCAUUGUGAGAGACAUUCUUAACUUACAUCAAGAGUGGUUAGGCUUACAUGUAACAUGCAAUUUCAUGAGUUUGUCUUUGCAAUAAUAUUUUAAUUUCUAAUUCAUUUUACAGGAAUGCUUUCAGAAGUAGCCCCUCAUCUAAAAUCUGUUUUUUAUUGAAUCAGACCAUGAGUGUAAAAGUUUGACUGCAGUUUCCUAAACUGUCAAAUAUCAAUAAGUGGUUUGAUAUAUGGCUGUCCAUUUUGAUUUUAUAGCAUUUAUGUGGAGCAGCCUGAAGGAUUCUAUGGUCAUUCUUCAUAUAUAUAUAUAUCUAUUUUUUCCUCUUUUGUCUUUUGUCCUUUCUUUCAUUUGCUUAAUUGGGGAAUGGGCAGGGCAAUAACAUCCCUGAUGUAUAACUUAAUUUACUUUUCUUACAUUUUACAUUCCAGCAAUGAUGUUAAGAACAAAAAUACAGUCGAGUCCCUCUUAACGGACACCUUGAGCAGUGACCCUGUCUUUCUUUUCUCCUGUUAUUUGACUCUCUAUAAGAUGAGCAUGCCAUCUCUCAAAGAUGGACACUUAGUGCCAUUCCCAAAGGUCUAGGUCUUAAAGAGAGUUAACUGUACUAGAUAAGAAAUGCAUUAUACAUAAUGUAUGUUUGAGUGAAUUGAGGCACUGGGAAAAUAUGGUACACUUUAUUUAUCAUGCAAACCUCUCUGUCAUGUUGAUUGCAGACCUAAAAAAAAUUUUAGAGAAGCACCCAUGCUACCCACACGACAGUCACUUCGUCUCAGAAAUAAGGACCCUGAUGGUGUGACUCUUCCUGAUUUACCAAUCAAACAAGAACCUGUUGAUGAACAUGUGAGUACAAAAAAAAUUUUGGAGUGAUCAGUGAUUGAAAAUCACUGUUUUUAAGGCAAACCACUUUUGGUUUACUAUAGCCAGGUAGAUAAAUGGAGUGCUGUACUUGAUACCACUAGCUUGUUAGGUAGCAUCACUAUUAGGUACUACUGGUAGAAGGAAGAAAAUAUUGAUGCAGUGUAAGUUGACAAAAAGUGUUUCACAUCUUCUGUAGUUUAUUAAACUCUGUUACUUACAGCCCUUUUUUGCCAGCUUCUGUAGUCUUCCAUGUACACUGAAAGUGUUCUAGAAAGUAUGAGGAGUGGCAAUUGUUGAUCCUCUUCUGUCGUCGUCCUCACCUCCUUCUAGUUUUUUGCUGUUUUCUAACGUAACUGUACGUCCUCAGCUGGUAGCUUGCCAGCAGCCAACCAAACAAACAAAGAUAGGUGUAUAUUGUACCCACAGUAUCACAAUAAUAAUUUUCACUAAUAUUAAU